UCAACUCUUAAGCCAUUCUAAUUAAUAACUCCUAGUGUUUUAUUUAGUUUCACACCCUUGAUUCUAGCUGUCUAUAAAUAUAGUGUUUGUCUUAAUCCUUUUCAUUACAACAGCCCAUUAUCCUAUAUCAAAUUAAUUAACCCUCUGGCUAGUUUGAAAUCAAAAUGGCAAAGCUUACUUCACUGGUUUUGAUUUUCAGUUUAUUAACUGCAAUCGUUUUGCUAUCAUCAUGCCCAGCAAUGUCUGAAGAAGUUGAGGACGAGACUGAGUUUAAUUACGAUGAAGCAAGUCCGCUAGGACCACCGAAUUGGGGACACAUUAAACCCAACGAAUGGUUUUUGUGCAAAAAUGGAACAAUGCAAUCUCCAAUUGAUUUGAGAGAUGAGGUGGUUCAAAUAUCAAAUUUAGGACCACUUCAGACCAACUACAAUCCCUCUAAUGCAACUCUUAAAAACAGGGGUCAUGAUGUCAAGGUUGAAUUGAUGUCGAACUCAAGCUAUCUACAAAUUGAUGGAACACAGUAUGAACUUCUACAGUUCCAUUGGCAUACUCCAUCUGAACACACCAUCAAUGGUGUAAGGUUCGAUCUAGAGUUACAUUUGGUACAUCAAACUCCAUUGAAUGAAACGGCAGUGAUUGGAGUAUUAUACACAAUUGGAAUGCCAGAUCCUUUCUUGUCAUUGUUGGAAGAUGACUUGGAGGCAAUUUCUAAUAACACUGCCGGGGAAGAAAGAGCAGUGGGAGUAAUUGAUCCUAAUCAGAUUAAUUUCAACACAACAAAGUAUUAUAGAUACAUGGGUUCUCUAACUACACCCCCAUGCAGUGAAAAUGUUACUUGGACGGUCAUUAAAGAGGUGAAAUCUGUUUCACAAGAGCAAAUCGAAUUGCUUCAAGCUGCUGUUCAUGAUGACUAUGACUAUAAUGCAAGACCAUUGCAGCCAUUAAACAACCGCUUAGUGCAGCUGAACUGUUAUGGAGCUGGCCCAUGAGUAUGAUAAGAAAACUUAGUAUUCAUCAUAGUCUAUACUAUAGAUUCUUCUAUUUAGGAUGAGUCGAUUUUAAUUGUAAUAAGCAUGAAAUGUCACUCUAGAAUUCAGGAGAAUUCUGUUAUGCCAUGUUCUAUAUGCAUUGUAAAAUAAUCUAUGAUGAAAAGUAUGAAGUUACCCUAGACGAAUAGCAAUAUUUCCUUUA